AAUAAAUCUAAUUGAGUGUUGAUAGUCACAUCACUAAAAUUAAAAAUGUAUAAAAUUGUUUUUAUUUUAGCAGUUUUUUUGCAAUUUUGCAAUUCCGCAAAGAUUGAAGGAAACGCAGUUGAAAAUGAAGUUCUCGAUAAACUGGAAAACCUACGUAGGAAACUUCAAGAUCAUUAUAUCAUAAAAAAUGAGAGAUUCGAUUUUCCGGAAAAUGACUAUAUCAACGGUUUCCUUAAUAUAAACCUGGUAAAUAUCUCUGGCUUAAAAUCAUUUGAAAUAAGUACAUUAAAUUUUGAUUCAAAAACUUACAAACUACACCUUGACAUAACAUUCCAAAAUUUGGACUUUGCUUUUGAUUAUACAACAAACAUUACCUUUGGUAUUGACACAGAAGUACACAAUGAUGACGUAUCCAUAAGGAAUCACUUUUCAGGACUCGCAUUUCAAACAAAAUCCAGGUUUCAUGAAAUUUUCAAGCAUCCCAAAGUAUUUUUUCUACAAUUUCAAUUGUCUUUGGAAGAUAUUGUUUUUCAAUUGGAAGGUUUAUUAAAUGACGAUGAGUUAUCCAAAGGAAUUACUGACAGUGUAAAUAAAUAUUUUGUAAAAUUCAUUCGUGAUCAAAAAACCUUUAUCAAAGUACUUGGUAGCCCCUUUGCGGAGCAUGUUUUAAACAAAAUAUUGAUGGAGCAAUAAUUUGUGCAUUUUAUUGUUUAUGUAUUUUUAAUAAAAAAUUAAAUGUGUUAAUUUAA